GUUUUCAAGAUGAAAAAAUCCAAGAAAUCCUGAAAAAAAUCACAGGAAUGCAGUUGGAAAAAAUAUUUAAACCAGCAACAGAGAAAUUAGAACCACCAAAGUACAAACUAUUAAGCCAAGAGAAACUUCAAGAGUUUAGAGAAAUUGCAAUGAGGGCAGCAGAGGAGAGGCUUCAGAUGCCCCCUGUGUUGGAGGAACGGAAGGAAGAUGAUACGGUAAUUGUGAAAAACCCAGAACUAAGAGGGUUAGAGACUUCCAAGUAUAUUUUCACUGAUAUUACAGUGGGAAUCAAUGACCGGGAGCGUUUCAUUGUGGUGAGGGAGCCCGAUGGAACAUUACGCAAGGCAAAAUGGGAAGAGAGGGACAGGCUCACACAAAUAUAUUUUCCAAGACAAGGCCGUGCUCUUGUGGCGCCAACUUUGUUUGAAAACCUGCAGAAUUUCUUUACCAGUGACAGGCAUGAAGAACUGUUGGAUCUAACCUGUGUACAGUUUGAACCGGAUGACAAGAAUUUCAUUAGAGUUCACAAAAGUGUUUAUGAAGAUAUUGGGAAUACAUGGAAAUAUGACUUACUUAGAUCAACACGGCACUUUGGCGGCAUGGCAUAUUAUUUCACUCUCAAUAAACGGAUAGAUGGACUUUUAACAGACAUGAUUGAAAGAGAUUUAAUUGAAGAUGCUAUAGAACUUGUGUGUCUAUUCCUCUUGCUUCAUCCGGACUGUUCAUCUGGGAAAGAAGUGAAGGAGAAAAAGUUGACUAGGAUCGACAUAAUAAAGGCCUACCUACGCCUGGAUACACCUCACCCAGGAAAAGUGGAGCUAGCUCUACAGGCAUAUGAGAAUGAACUCCAAGAGCAAAAGGCUACUGAACAGAAGGAAAACAACUGAAAAUUUCAAAUUAAAAUAAAUUUAGUUAAAAUAUUUCUGUUGGCGUUUCAGUUCAGUAUCGCACAACUGUCCUUGAAGACAAGUCUGCUGCCCUCUCUAGCCUUCACUGGCAACUAGUUGAGGGCAGUAGUAUUCAGGCUUUCCAACUGCAAUUUUUUGUUCAAAAUGAUUUUCAAUCAACUGGUACACUAGUGCACUAAGCUGGAAACCAUUCCUCAAGCCGUGUUUACAUAAAAUCGCUACACUCUAUCACUGACAGCUUUCAGCAAUGCUGAUUGGUCAGUCAAAUAAGGGACAAGCUGACGUUGAUGAUGAAUCAGAGUUUAUUAAAAAUACUACUAAAAGUUGAGGUGUUUUUCUAGUAAAUUAAAUAAAAAAAUUUAAAUAUGAAGUAAUGCAUUGUCUUUUACUAACAUCAUGCCGUCAUCCAUCCCACAAAUUCACGUCAAUUUGUCAUGUUUGAAGUAAUGUUACUGUAUAUAUUAGAUUUAGCUUAAUGUUUACAUCACCUGCAGAACAGUGUCAAAACAGUUCUGGGAAAAAAUAUUUGAACAUUCUAUAGAAGCACUAAAUUGGGUGAAUUUCUCCUCAAAAUUGUGAACUCUUCUGCCCGGAUUUGUAAAGGCGUGGAUCACCAGUUGGCUGUUUUGAUCUUGUGGUUGGCGUUUUAUUGGACAGUAUUAUAGAUUACAUUAUAAAAAAAUAAAUCACCAAAUUUGCCUCCCUGAACACAAAAAAGCUAAUUUUUCGAGUGCGUUCUGCCCCUGGAUGAUCACCAGGGACCAUUAGCACCCACAGGUCCUUACUGCAUCCACCAAACUUUCAAAUGUGAUGUAUCCUAUGCAUACACAGGCUUGUCACAUAAAACUUGAUAACAAAAACAGGAAAUGGUGUUUAAACAACUUUUAUUACAGAAAAAAACAAGGAUAGUUUGUUUCUCAAGGUAAAAAUUUACAUCAGAAAUUUGUCUUCAAAAUAUUUUACAAUCCGGGUUUACAACAGCACAGGAAAACUGUUCCUUCAUCCUAAUUAAUAGAUUACAAAAUAGAGGGUGAAAUAGCACAGAAGGUAAUAGCAUCAAUAGUUUUUUUACAGGGGGUACCCUAAUAUUUAUUUGUGUAUUAAUAUACUGUAUUCCUGACCUAAUAACUCUAAGCUACUGAAGUUUGUUUUUUUUUUCUUUUGUUCAAAUGAUUACUGUACAACUUUGUGAGUAUUGUUUUUUUACAAACAGAUCCAGGGCAAAAAAAAAA